ACGAAAAAAAGACCACGAAAGUUAUCGGUGAAGAACCUAAAAAUCCAUUCCAAUCGUCUCUAUGAAGACCACCGAUGAAUAAUUCAAGACUUUCAGUUGCCUAAAUCGUCUAAAAAAUUUUGACCCUGAUUCCAAAAAUUAACCUGCAGUAGACGCUUCGUUGGAAAACAAUUGCGAUGGGUGGCCUUUUGGAAAAGCCUUCAACGGAUAAGGAAAUUGAAAUGGGGAGUGGCAAUGGACUCCAGUACUGUGUGUCUGCGAUGCAGGGUUGGAGAAUGGAAAUGGAGGAUGCCCACUCAGCUGUGUGUCGCGUGAGCAAGCCAUUCGACCUUUGGUCAUUCUUUGCGAUCUUUGACGGACACGCAGGAGGCCGCAUAUCAGCGUACUGCUCAGAGCACCUAUUGAGCACCAUCAUUUCAAAUGAGCAAUUCGCAAGGGGUCAGUUCGUUACGGGAAUACACGACGCCUUCCUGUACAUCGACGAUGAAAUGCGCAGACUUUGCCCCGACAAGUCAGGUGGUAGCACAGUCACAUGUGCAUUUGUAUCGCCGGACAAGAUCUAUCUCGCCAACUGCGGCGACUCGCGUGUUGUUCUCUCCCGGAACGGCCAAACCGAGUUCAGCUCCUGGGACCACAAGCCGAAUCUCCCCUUGGAACGAGCACGCAUAGUGCGUGCUGGCGGGAGUGUGAUGAUACAGCGAGUGAACGGGACUCUGGCCGUCUCUCGUGCGUUGGGGGACUUCGACUUCAAAAGCGACAGCACGCGCUCCAGCUGCGACCAGCUCGUCUCUCCAGAGCCAGAUGUGACUGUCCUCGACCGUUCGCCAACUGAUGAAUUUUUGGUGAUUGCUUGCGACGGCAUUUGGGACGUUAUGAGCAGUGAGGGAGUUUGCGCAUUCAUUAGAUCGCGUCUCUGCGUGACGGCUAACAUCAAAUCAAUCGUCAAUAGUGUGCUGGACAUUUGCCUGCACAAAGGCAGUCGUGAUAACAUGAGUUUGCUGCUGGUGCUUCUGCCAGGUGCACCCUCGGUUAAUGUCGACGCCGUGGCCGCCGAUCAGCGUCUUGACCAUACCAUUGAACAGUUGACACGGGAAGCCAUUCAAAAGAAUGAAUUAUUGGACUUUGAGGAGCUGCUUUCACUAAUGCAUGGAAUGGCCCUCAAUAUUACAACUUUACCCCCUGGCGCCGGCAUCUACGCCAAGUAUCACAUCAUUGAGCGAGUUUUUCAUGACGCCAAUCCUGAUAAGCCACCUGAAUUUUUCGAGUACAAGUAUUAAUUAGCAUAAUAGCCCAUUUAUUAAACAACAGUUGGACCGUU